CAUUUCACCUGGUGUACUGGAGCUCCACGCUGACACCGAGGCUGGAGCUCUGAAAAACACCAGCCUGACUGAGACCAGGGGUGAUACUGAGAUGCUCCUGCCUGUGGAGGAGCUCGAAGCUGAGGCCGAAGCCCUGACUAACACCAGCCUGGAUGAGACCAGGGACAUCAGCCUGGAUAAGACCAGGGGCAAUGCUGAGAUGCUUCUGCCUGUCGGAGAGCUCGAAGCUGAGCCUGAAGUCCUGAAUAACACCAGCCUGGAUGAGACCAAAGACAACGCUGCGAUGCUCCUUCCUGUCAGUGAGCUCGAAGCUGAGCCUGAAGUCCUGAAUAACACCAGCCUGGAUGAGACCAAGGACGUUGCUGAGAUGCUCCUGCCUGUCAGAGAGCUCGAAGCUGAGGCUGAAGCCCUAAAGGACCUGAUCAAGACCAGCCUGUUUGAGUCAGAGGAGACCGAGCUUCAGAACAGAGGAGACACUGAAGCUGAUUUAUUCAGCAAUGGUGAUGAUGGUGGUAUCACCGGAGAACACGGCCGGAGAAAGAAAAUCAGGAGAGGAACCCGGGGACGCGGCCGGAAGAUAAACUACAAAAAGAAGGAUAAUAACGGAUCUGAAAUAAUAAACGAGGUGAAGGCUGAAGCAGAAGCUGAAGCUGAGGUCGCUGAGAUGAAGAACGUCCACCUUGAUGAGAAGGACUCAUCUGCUGAUCUGCUGAAUCCUGACCAACCUCUGGGUGAGGAAAGAAAGCAGUGGAUAGGUCGAGGUGACCCCGAGGACGGUAUGAAACAGAAGAAGAAGAUCAGACGAGGAACUCGGGGCCGCUGCCGCAAAAUCAUCUACAAGAAAGACGCUUCAAAAGCAGAAGAGAGUGCUGCAGGUUUUAAUCAUCAGAACAGCGACUAUGUGUGCACUAAAAAAACUAAUAAAGUACAACAGUAA